AUGGCGGCGCCCAAAAUAGCACUAUUAGCCGCUGCCUUCGCUCUCCUGUUCGCGCUACAAGCUUUCGCGGAUCCCGCACCCGAACCUCGUCCUGCGAAGUGCGACUACUCGGUGGGCAAAUGGGUGAAGGCGGUGAAUCAGCCGAAGCGAUACUCGGGAAUAGGUUGGGAGCCGAACUACUGCAAGUACAUUCGCAGCGGCUUCAACUGUGAAACCAACAACCGGCCCGACCAGCUCUACCACCAGCUGCGCUGGCAGCCGGAGAAGUGCGAUCUUAGUUAUGUUACCGCGGAGGAUUGGGGGUUCCUCAUGAAGGGCAAGAGGAUGCUUAUGGUGGGAGACUCCAUAACGAACAACGCGUACCAGUCGCUGCUCUGUCUCAUCAGCUCGGCCGACAACAAGGGAAAGCCGUUCGACGAUGACAGUGCGCCCAAGGGUUUGAGAGGCGUGGAUUUCCCGACGAUCGACUUUUCUCUGCACUUCUACUUCUCGCCCUACCUCACGCAAGCUGAGAGGCGAAAGCCCAUCGCCAACCAGACGGGCACGCCUGGUUACAAGGUUAACAUCACGACAAUCGAUCCCGUCGUUCAGUACCUCGUUUCGUAUUACGAUGUGGUGUUGUUUUCGACUGGUGUGUGGUGGUCGCAAAACUUUCCGGGCAGCCCGAAGCAGCCCGACCAGUAUUACAUUCAAGGCGCUCCCGCGAACAUCACCAACGUCAACGCUCAGUGGUACGCCGUGAAAUCCUGGGCGAAUUACCUCACGCGAAUUGAAUACCCCGGGAUGCCCUAUUUCCUGAGCUUUUCGCCCAAGCACGGCCCAGUUGAUCCUACUGACCCUGGUGAGGGUUCAUGUGGCGCGACAAGACCGAUGGAGUGGGACGAGGCGAUGGAUGAGUACAAUAACCUGACUGUAGCUGAGGAUUAUUACAAGUCUCAGAAGAACGCUCUGCGGGGGUCGCUGUUCCGCUUUGUGCGUGUAACGAGGAUGAGCGAGACGAGGCCAGACGCUCAUCUCGGCAUGUGGAAUCAAAUCCAGCCGGACGUUUCGGCAGCGUUCAAGACACCCGAUAAGGGUGACUGUACGCACUGGUGUCUUCCUGGGCUGCCCGAUUCGUGGAUGGAUAUGCUCUACAGCCAAAUGCUGUUGGAACCGCUGCUGCUUACACCGAACUAG